AAGGUUUACCUUGCCUCGAGAGCUGGGGAACGUGGUUGGUGCCCCGUCCUGGUCCGAUUGUUCAGCAGAGCGAUCAAUCCCAGUGUUCAACCAGAGGCUAAGCCAACAACUGGCUAACCACUUGGGGUCUUCGACUUUUUUGAGAAAGCCGCUCUUUAUAGUUAAAGUGGAGCCCUGCAAUUCGUGGGUGAAGCUCAGGGGAAGAUAUUUUGAUUUUGCAUUAAGAACUCUUUCUACUAUCCCCUUUCAUCUUCUUUAGAUAGUUUGAAUUGGUUUGGAUUUGAUAUAGAUUCAUAAAAUAUAGUUUGAGAUGGAAUCCAACGAAAAAGAAAUUUCUGAUGAAGAGACAGCACUAGAUCGUGUGUUUGAUUCGAGCAACAAUAAAGGAGACGAAAUUGACGAAGAAGAUGAAGAAGAAGAUGAGAAUGAUGAUGAUGAUGAUGAGGUGGAAGAGGAGGGGGAUGAAGAGGAGGAAGAACUGCCUUUUCGUUUCUUUGACGAUGAAGAUGGAGAUGAAUAUGAUUAUGGUUCUGGACCAGGAGUUCAAUCUUACGAAGCUCUUGCCGAGAAGAAGCGGAAAGCUCUUCUUGAUCCAAGCCAGCGUGAUUCUUUUACGAAGAAGGCUAGGCAAGAGGAUAUUCCUACAGAGGUGAUGAAUGAGAUGAUGGAAGCUAUGAUGGGUUAUGGUUUUCGUAGAAAAUCAAGAAAGACCAAGAAAAGAGGUAGACGGAAAGGAUCAAAGAGUAAAGUUAGUCCUGAAAUCACACAGAUGAUGGGUGAGGCCACUCUUCAUUAUGCACAGGGCCAUUAUAAAGAGGCAAUAUCUAUUUUAUGUGAAGUUGUUAGGCGGGCGCCACACUUGUCUGAUCCAUAUCACACCCUUGGACUUGUCCAUAGUGCACUUGGUAAUUCAAAAAAGGCAAAGCAGUUUUACUUGAUUGCAGCAUUUACUUCACGAAAAGAUUCGCCUUUGUGGAAAUCUCUUUUUGACUGGUUCAUAGAACAAAGAAGCAUGAGUCAGGCCAGCUAUUGCCUUGAUAGGGCGGUAAAGGUUGACCCUGGUGAUAUAUCUUUAAAACAUCGUCGAGCAUCACUCUAUAUUGAGCUAGGAGAUUAUCAGAGAGCUGCUGAAUCCUAUGAAAAAAUUGUGGAGCUUUGCCCUGAUAAUGUAGAAUCCCUCAUGAACGCGGCAAAGUUAUACCUUAAAUGUGGUCAAAGUGAGCGUUCUGUUGACAUUUUGGCGAAAUAUCUUAAAGAUCAUCCAUCUGAAGCAAAUAUUAGUGUCAUAUCUUUGCUUGCCGCUGUGUUCAUGGAAAUUAAUGCUCACAACAAUGCUCUUGAGCUUAUUGAGAAUGUUCAGCUGGUCUACUACUUGGGAAAGGAGUUGCCAUUGACUUUGAAAAUCAAAGCAGGAAUUUGCCAUGUUCACCUUGGGAACGUCGAGAAGGCAGAGAUUCUGUUCAGUGUUCUGCAACGGGAGAGUGCAUCGGAUCAUGCUAAAUUUGUUACUGAAGUAGCUGGCGCAUUCGUGCGUUUUGAGCAUUUCGAAUUGGCAUUGAAGUAUUAUCACAUUUUGGAGGAAAAUGAUGUGGUUGGUGAUGCAAGGGAACUGGGCCACUUACAUCUACAUAUUGCUCGGUGUUACUUUUCUUUGAGAGAAAGAGGACAAGCAAUCAAGUAUUUCUACAAAGCUUUGCAUACUCUUGAAGACAAUGUUGAUGCCCGAUUACAUUUGGCUUCACUCCUCCUUGAAGAUACUAAAGAAGAGGAAGCCAUUGUUUUGCUAUCUCCUCCAGAAAACUUAGACUCUGUUGAUCCAAAUUCCGACGAACAUGAGAAAUGGUGGAAUGAUGCAAAGAUAAAAUUAAAGCUUUGCCAAAUCUAUAGAGCUAAGGAGAUGAUAGCUGACUUUAUUGAAGCAAUCUUGCCCUCGAUUCAUGAAUCACUUUAUUGUGAAUCCCUUCGGCAAAAGUAUAAGGCAAGAAAAAGGCUACGGAUGAGUGAACUCCUUGAAAGAAUCAAAAAGGUAGAUGAUCAGCAAGCUGAUGACAUAUUUCGAGGAAUCAGACCAAUAGUUCCCCCAAACGACCGGGUGAAAGCUUCCAGGGCAAGAAAAUUGCUUCAGAAGAAAGCAGCACUGGAGAAAGAAAAGAAAGCUUUGGCAAAGGAUGCAGGUGUUGACGUUAAAAGUGAUGAUUCUGAUGAUGAAUUAAUGCAAAAAGAAGUCAGAAUGCCUCCCCUGCCAAAUUUAUUGACAGACGAAGAACAUUAUAAACUUAUCAUCGAUUUGUGCAAGGCAUUGGCAUCCUUGCAGAGGUACUGGGAGGCAUUAGAAAUUAUCAAUCUCACCCAGAAAUUGGCUCACAACUCACUCUCUGUUGAGAAGAAGCAGGAGCUUCAGUCUCUUGGAGCUCAAAUAUCCUACAACACCACAGAUCCUAAAAAUGGGUUUGACUGUGUAAGAUGCAUUGUUCAGCAGCGUCCACAUAGCAUUUCUGCCUGGAACUGCUAUUAUAAAGUAGCUUCAAGAUUGGCAAAAGGAUAUUCGAAGCAUUAUAAGUUUCAGCGCCAUAUGCGAAGCAAAUACAAUGAUUGUGUGCCUCCCAUUAUCAUUUCUGGCCAUCAGUUUACUGUUGCUAGCCAUCAUCAAGAUGCUGCGAGAGAAUAUUUAGAAGCUUAUAAACUAUUGCCAGAAAACCCCUUGAUUAAUCUUUGUGUAGGAACUGCAUUAAUCAACCUGGCUCUUGGAUUUCGACUUCAAAAUAAGCAUCAGUGUGUUGCACAAGGCCUAGCUUUCCUACACAACAAUUUGCGUCUCUGUGAACACAGCCAGGAGGCAUUGUAUAAUAUUGCCCGCGCAUAUCAUCAUGUUGGCCUUGUAACUCUAGCAGUUUUGUAUUAUGAGAAGGUGCUUGCAACGCGUGAGAAGGAUUAUCCGAUCCCAAGACUUCCAAAUGAGAAUGCAGAUCCUGCAGAGUCCCAGAAAUCUGGUUACUGCGACCUUCGUAGAGAAGCAGCUUACAAUUUACACCUAAUUUACAAGAAAAGUGGAGCAGUUGAUCUUGCUAGGCAGAUCUUGAAAGAUCAUUGUACUAUUUAGUUGAUUUCCUUGAUAAUGAUACCAGUAGAAAGAAAAGCAAUGGAUUCUCCUCAAGGAGACCUAGGCUACCCUUCCAUUCUGUAUACAAGGAGUAGUUUGUCCUUUAAAUUAAAGUUGAAGAAAGGGUUAUUUGACUCCCAUAUUUAGCCAUUUGUGGUUUGGGCCACUUUAUCUCCAUCAACAAACAUCAUACCGGCACCAAAGGUAAUGUAAAUGUAACUUUCAAGUUCACAACAUAAGCAGAGGUGGUUCAUGCGGAA